AUUCCCCGUUCGCCGUGCACUGGGAGCCGGUGAUUCGUCGCCAUCUCGGUCAUUGGGCUCCGUCAAGCCCCUCCUUUUUUUUUUUUCUUCUUCCUUCCGAGUGGUAAAAAUACGAAAACGCUUCCCAUUUACCAUUGCGAAAGUGUUCCUGUUCUCUUCCUUUCUCAUUUAUAUAUGCAUUCAAAAAGUUUUCUAGGAUCACCUUACUCAUAGAACCCUCCUUUAGUAUGAUUUUUCAUUUUCAAAAAGAUACGCUUUUGUAAUCAUCAGGAAUCACCACCGCUAGCUGUUGAGCUCUUGGGCUGUAAUCUUGAAAUUUCAUUCUGAUUGGCUAAUUGGAAUAUUUGGAAUAAUAUCACUGAUUUAAUUAUGUAGAAAUUAAUCGCUUGCUGUCAUACAAUAUGCUGCCUGAAGCUUGAUUUAUUAUGUUGAAACUUCUGAUGCAGACACCUGAUAUAUCAUCAUGUUCGUGUCCCGGAUUUUUGGAAGAGUUCUCUAUGCAGCAGCCAAAUCAGAGUCUUCUGCUGCUGCUGCUUCGGCUUCUGCUAAGAAAUUGCACAAUCCUCUUGAGGAAUUUUUUGAGGUGGAUAGAAGAACAGAUGAUGAAAAGCCUGUUGUCUAUGGUCGUAGCUGGAAAGCUUCUGAAUUGCGUCUCAAAUCCUGGGAUGACCUUAACAAGUUAUGGUAUGUUCUCUUGAAGGAAAAGAACAUGCUAAUGACUCAGCGCCAGAUGCUUCAUGCUCAAAACCUACGUUUUCCUAACCCUGAACGCAUUUCCAAG